AUGCGUCAAGUGUUGUCCCGUCUGAUAGGCAUUCAGCUCCGAGCCAAUCUCGAUCGAACAGGUUCAACGAUUAGGGAUCAUCGGCUCUACUACUCGGCUCUUGCGUCAUCUGUCUCUCCACCCAGGUCGUCUGCGCCCAUCACCAACAUCGAAUUCGACGAGGAAAUCGAAAGGGAACUCGCUAGAUUACCAGCCAAACGAGCACAGGAAGCUAGACGUAGACUUCGCAAUGAACGAAGAGCAGAAAUUAACGGGCAAUCGAUGGGAAGGAAGGAUUCAGUAAUAAUUCCGUAUAUACCACCUUAUGAAGGACCAGAUCCGAACUCGUCUCGUGGAUUAUGGACGCAUUUAAAAGUUGGAUGGCAAAAAAAUCGGCUCAAAGAGGCCUGGGGUCAAUGGCUUGGUCAAAGGCAAUCGAAACAGAAUGUCGACUCGGUUCUUUCUCCGGGAAAUCCAUCCUGGAUGAAAGACUUUGCCGAUGAGGCUUACGGAACUAUCAUCCUGGCACAUCAAACUGUCACCUCUGGCUCGUUUGAAGACCCACAAGUGAAGAAGUUCUUACACCCAUCGAUGGUAGAGUUCUUACAGGAGAAACGAGAGAGGCUGUUGCGAUCUUACAGUCCGAGCCAUCUGAUCACAUGGACGAAACAUUCACCAGCCCCCGAAGCUGGCAAGAAAGGAAAACAAGCGCAGCCGGAGAAGGAGCUUGAAAUUGUUGCGAUGCGGGCGGCCCCGUUCGAUCAAGGUGGUACUGUGGUUCAGAUUGCCGUCCGGUUCAAAAGUCUCCAGAGUCUCGAAAUCCGCGAUGAGCGUGGACUGUUGGUCUUCGGAUCUCAUUCCAAACCACAGCCAAUCAUGGAAUAUUUUGUAUUUCAGAAACGCAUGGGCCAGACCGAUCAAUCGUUUCGGUUACUCCAACAGGUCGACGAAGAUACCAAACCGGAUUGUUUACCUGUUUAA